CCUGUCUGCGCCUGCGGUAUUGCCGUUUGACCCCGGAAGUGUUGGUUCCGUGGAAGCUGUCACCGUGUACGGCGGCUGCACGUCGCGGGUGUGGAGCCUGGAGGAGGGUCACACAGCACAAUGCCAGCUCUGCCUUUGGAUCAACUCCAGAUCACCCACAAAGACCCGAAGACAGGAAAGCCGAGGACUUCACCAGCGCUGCACCCUGAGCAGAAGGCAGACCGGUAUUUUGUGUUGUACAAACCGCCCCCUAAAGACAACAUUCCCGCCCUAGUGGAGGAGUACCUGGAACGCGCCACCUUCGUAGCCAAUGACCUCGACUGGCUCCUGGCCUUGCCUCACGAUCAAUUCUGGUGCCAGGUUGUUUUUGAUGAGACCCUGCAGAAGUGCCUGGACUCCUACCUGCGCUAUGUGCCCCGAAAGUUUGAUGAGUGGGUGGCCCCGACCCCUGAGGUGGCCGACAUGCAGAAGCGCCUACACCGGAGCAUUUUCCUCACCUUCCUCCGAAUGUCCACUCACAAGGAGUCCAAAGAUCACUUCAUUUCUCCGUCUGCAUUUGGAGAAAUCCUCUACAAUAACUUCCUCUUUGACAUCCCAAAGAUCCUGGACCUCUGUGUGCUCUUUGGAAAAGGCAACUCACCACUGCUCCAGAAAAUGAUAGGAAACAUAUUUAUCCAACAGCCAAGUUAUUAUACUGACCUGGAUGAAACCAUUCCCACCAUACUUCAGGUCUUCAGCAAUAUCCUCCAGCACUGUGGCUUGCAAGGGGAUGGGACCAGCACCACACCCCAGAAACUCGGGGAGAAGGGUCGGUUGACCCCCAGUGACAUGCCUCUCUUGGAAUUAAAGGACAUUGUUCUCUACCUAUGUGAUACCUGCACCACACUCUGGGCCUUUCUGGAUAUCUUCCCUUUGGCCUGCCAAACCUUCCAGAAACAUGACUUUUGUUACAGACUAGCUUCCUUUUAUGAGACGGCAAUUCCUGAAAUGGAGACUGCAAUUAAGAAGAGGAGGCUCGAAGACAGCAAGCUGCUAGGUGACUUGUGGCAGAGGCUUUCCCAUUCCAAGAAAAAGCUAAUGGAGGUGUUUCACAUCAUCCUGAACCAGAUCUGCCUCCUUCCCAUUCUAGAGAGCAGCGGUGACAACAUUCAAGGCUUCAUUGAAGAAUUCCUUCAGAUCUUCAGCUCCUUGCUGCAGGAAAAGAGAUUCCUCCGGGACUAUGACUCAUUCUUCCCUGUAGCCGAAGACAUCAGCCUGCUACAGCAGGCUUCAUCAGCCUUGGAUGAGACCCGGACUGCCUACAUCCUACAGGCUGUGGAAGGUGCAUGGGAAGGGGUGGACAGACAGAAAAUCAAGGACAUUAAAGACCCAUCAGGGCCCAAGGAUCCUAAUAAUGAAGUCACCAUGACAGCAAAGCCAGUUAGUGAAAUGCCGUCACAGCUGGAGAACUCAGAGGAGGAUGAGGAGUGCGUGGGGGCAGCAGCUGCCCCGGGCCCAACCGUGUGUGGUGUGGAACUAGACUCACUUAUCUCCCAAGUGAAAGACCUGCUGCCAGACCUCGGGGAGGGCUUUAUCCUGGCCUGCCUGGAGCACUACAGCUAUGACACAGAGCAGGUGAUCAACAACAUCCUGGAGGAUCGGCUGGCCCCUGAACUCAGCCAGCUGGACCGCAGCCUAGAAAGACAGGUGAAGCCAGACCCUACACCCCUGCUGACAUCUCGUCACAACGUCUUCCAGAACGAUGAGUUUGAUGUGUUCAGCAGGGACUCAGUGGACCUGAGCAGAGUGCACAAGGGCAGGAGGAAGGAGGAGAACGUGAGGAGCCUGGUGAACGACAAGCGGGCUGUGGUGGCACAGCGGCAUCGCUGCCAGCAGUACAGCGUGGUAGUGGAGGAGGUCCCACUGCGGCCAGGAGAAUACCAGGUCGAUGACUACGAGGACGAGUACGAUGACACGUAUGAUGGCAACCAGGUGGGCGCCAAUGACGCGGACUCUGACGAUGAGCUCAUCAGCCGCAGGCCCUUCACCAUCCCUCAGGUGCUGAGAACCAGAGCGCCUGGAGAAGGACUGGAGGAAGAAGAUGAUGAAGUGGAGGAGGUUGAAGAGGAGGCCCCCAAGCUGGACCAUUUCAUCCAGGAUCCUGCAGUACUGAGAGAAAAGGCUGAAGCCAGGCGCAUGACCUUCCUCGCCAGGAAGGGGUACCGGCCUGAGAAUUCCGCAGCAGUGUCGGGCAGCCCCCGGGGCCAUGGGCAAAGCCGAGAAACCACCCAGGAGCGCAGGAAGAAAGAAGCUAAGAAGGCAACCAGAGCCAACCACAGCCGUAGAACCAUGGCUGACCGAAAGAGAAACAAAGGCAUGAUCCCAUCCUGAGGCCACAAAGCUGCCUGGGUGAGGGAGUCCCCUCAAGGCCACCACCACACCUCACCUGCCAGCCAGCGGUGAGCGCCUUCUUGUUGAACACAAAGUGCCUUAUCCCUUGGUGCAGGAACCCAGUGCCAUCAAGCAGGCUGUCUCCCAGCUGUGCUGGCGGAAAAGGAUGGGGCUGCAAAAGUAAGGUGUCCUUAUCUUGUGCAACAAGACACCGUCUCACGGGAGUCCUGGAUGGCAGGAGACCUGUGUAUUCAGAAGCAGAAACAAGCCCGUGAAUAAAGUUUCUGACCUUCCACGGUGUCCAUGACAGGCUCCAGCCCUUUCCCUCCAUCAUUCCUCAGUGACACCGCCACCCGAAAGACAAGAAGGCACAGUGCUCCCCGUUCGUUCGUUCGUUCGUUCUGUCUGUUGACUCCGUGCGUGCCCUCAGCGCUCUUCCUUGCUGUGUGGCCUUUUCUCUGUGCCGGUGGAAGGAAGUCACCAGUGGGAGACCUAAGGUCCCUUCUACUGCUACCUCAUGCACCUCCUCCCCAGGAGGUGGCGCUGUUUCCAGUUCACAGUACAGACUGGGGAAGUGAGCCGUGGAGGGCUGAGAGUGUGCUCCUAGGCUGCAGGCAGGCAGUGGCAGAGCAGGUCUUAGAAACUCAGUCUGAUCCCUGGCUGUACAGGUUACAGAUCCAUGUAGAUGAUGUCAACCCCUAUGUCACAGCUGGAACAAGGACACUUAGCCAGUUACAGAGCCUUGUAGUUAUAAAUAUACUGUUAGCCCCCAACCCUCCCAAACUAGAGAUUGGAAGCUACUAAAAAGAAGUGAAGGUAUUCUUUCUGCCAAGCCCUGUUGAAUCCAGUGGGACUUGGCUGAUUUCCAGAGCCCUGUGCAGGUGUGGCCCAUUCUGCAGUGGGCAUCAACUAACAGGACCCCUGGGUUUUAACUGAUGUGCAGGGGAGCUACAGUGAGGUCUUUGCUGGGCUGAUCCUGACCCAGCAGAUCCUGGAGUCUUAUCUGCAGACCUUUGGAUGCCAGGGACAUUGAUUUGAUUGCAGUUAGGAGGAACGGGCAGACAGACACUUGAUGAAUUAUUUUGUUAGGCCAGCCUGCACAAGUGAAAAUCAAUGGCAGUCCCUGUGCCUUGCUGGCCUAGGGGAGCAUUUGAGAUGCAGAGCGGGUAUGGGAUGGUGUCUUCCCCAAGGGAUGCUGAAUUAGCUGAGAUCUGGCAGAGUUAGCCAUUCUGACAGACAGCCGGAAAGGAGUUUCCUCCUGGAAGCACUUACCAGUGGCCCAGCUCAGUGGCAGGGUCAUUUCUCCCUGACUGAGCUCAGACCGAGCUGCUGUCAACAAGGCAAACGGGCUUUGGGAGCUUUGCCUGCGGUUGCUCCCUGCAGCCGCCCAGAGCAGCGCCCAGGUGUCCUGGGAGCAGUCUGGCUGGAAGACUAGACCGGCACCACCUUUCUGUUUCCCAGCGUGGCAGGCCAGAUCAAACAUAGUCCCUAAGGAGCGACAUGUUACUUGCACUUGUGCAUCAGGACAGCCUUUCAUGGCACUUUGAAACCAGUCUGGAGCAUUCCUGUCACCCCUUCCCCUCGGCCUGAAUGAGAGCAUUGGACCAGAUGGAACGGCACUGUUUGAUAUUGGUGAAGUCCCUAGAGAUGGAGACUGAGACUGUCGCUCAGUGGUAGAACACUUACCUAACAUGCACAAGGUUUUCCCCUGUACUACAUACACAUGAGAAGUCCCCAAGGGGAGAGAUUCCGAGUUUAAGAUUGGCAGCCCAAGAACGUUGGGUGGGUGUGGGUGGACCAUUUGGUCCCUGUACCCACCCCCCAUCCCCACUGAUCUCCUAUUCGGGUAUUUUCUAAGUGCCUUUCCUGUGCCCUACAGCGAGUGUGACCAUCAUAGAUGUUUCUGAAGAAACUUAAAACCUUGAAAGGACACAAGACUCAAGUGUCUUUAAUAGUCUGUGAAUGACUGCAAGAGCUUCUGUGCCCUGGGAGGCAAAGCCAGAGAUGGAUUAUAGGAGACCUAAGAGCCUGUGGAAAGGGCCUGAGCAAGGAAUCUGCACACAGUGACUUAGUCGUGGCUGCAUGUCCUUGCCAGCUUGCUCCAGCUGCAGCCUGGAGGAGAAAACAGUUGGCAUAAGUCUGCAUGUCACUGCCCCUCCAGGAGCCCAGAGUCAAUAAUAUGAGCAGAAAAACAAAAUCAGAAUCAAUCAGAGUUAGACAUGGUGGCACACACUUAUUUCUUGGGAGGUAGAGGCAGAGUUCAAGGUUAGCCCAAACUACAUGUGACUCUGUUCAUAAAUGGAUAAAAACUAAAUCUGAAGAACAGACUUUUAAAAGCAGACUCCAUGAACAUAGUGUCGAGCAUUGUUUGUGAGAAUGUUAAAACUCCUUUUGCACACUGACCAAAUGUGGACGGGAAUGCUGGGUGAUGCUGGUGGCGGCCAUGAUUACUUCUAUUGGGAAUAAACACAUUUCCUGAGCCUCA